GGAGGAAGAGGAGACGCUUGUUAACAAAAAAAAUGCAUCAUCAAUCGUUUGGCAACAUUUUGGAUUCAACAAGGAUGAUAUUGAUCAAAAAAUUGUUAAAUGUAAACUCUGCAAAAAGACUGUUGCGUCAAGUCAAGGCGUAAACUGAUGGUGGGAAUACCAUACAUUCAACAAUCCCAGCAGUAAAGAUUUAUUAAGUACAUCAAGAUCUUCGGAUGCAGUGGACUUGUAAGUAUUGCACAUUCUGUGCUGAAAAGAGAGGCUACCUAUUUAAGCUUACCGCUUAAAACAUGGGAUCCAUACACGGACAUCACCACUUCCUUGCCUCUAUAAAGACUGUCUGUACACAUUUAAAUCUUUUAAUGCACUCAAGGUACACCUAUCAGUGUGGCAUGCCCAAAAUGAUGGAGGUAAAGGGAGGAAAAUUACUUUCCAUUGCCAGCUGUGUGACUUUGUGGAGCCAUGCAGUGAAGUGGACUUUUUCACCCAUUUGCGAAGACAUUUAAAGCUGAAGCAAAAAGUCAGUUGUCCAUAUCAGGGCUGUAACUUUAAGAGCAAUAUUUAUUCCACCUUCAAUGCACACAGAAGCAAAGAGCAUAAGCUUGACAGUAAGAUGAUAUUCAAAUCUGAAAUUGUUUCAGAGAAUGUCUCAGAGGAACCUCGGACUAAUAGACCUGAGGACACUGUGACAGUUGAACCCGAGGACAGUGAUUCUGAUGCUGCUGAUACAGCAUUUGGAUUAACAUCCGACGAAAAUGUAGAAGAUUUGGAGAGACAGUUGGAACAUAAUGUAGCUGCUCUGUUCUUGAAAAUGACCUCGAUUUUUAACAUCUCUGAAACUGCCCUGCAAGAUGUUAUAGAGCAGAUAAACCAAAUUCAUUUGCUGUCACAGCCAUUAAUCCAUUCCUCUAUUCAAAGAAUACUACAUCAGUCUGAUGACUAUUUAGUGAACGAGAUAGUUAAGGUAUCAACUGAUAAUAAUGCAUUCCUGAAAUGCACUUCUAGUGGAGGAUCAUUGUCAACUACCAGCAAGCGAACAGUAUACAUUUUAAGAGAAUUUCCUGUGGUAAUGCCCAUUGAGUAUGCGCUGAAAAAAGACAAGCACACAUUUUUGUAUGUCCCUAUACUGAAAAUGCUGCAGACAAUUCUAAGCAAUAGGGACAUCUUGGAUAAGGCCAUGUCAUCUGAGUCAAAUGUGACACAGGGUUACAAGUCAUACAAAGAUGGUUUCCGAUUCAAAGACAAUCAUCUCUUGACAGAAGAAGAGUUCAGAAUAGCUCCUUGCUUGUACAUUGAUGACUUUGAGGUUGCUAAUCCCUUGGGAACUUCAAAAAGAAAACACAAACUUUGUGCCAUUUACUGGGUUCUUGGCAAUUUGCACCCUAAAUAUCGCUCGUCUCUUCACUCUAUUCAGCUUGCCUUGCUCUGCAAGGUCAGUCACAUCAAAGAAUACGGCUAUAGUGAAAUUCUUCACCCUCUCAUUCAGGACCUAGUUUCACUGGAGCAACAUGGUGUAUAUGUUGAGCAGUUAGGAUCCAGCAUCAAAGGCACUGUGUUAUUUGUCGCAGCAGACAAUUUAGCUGCCCAUUCUUUAGGAGGGUUCUUUGAAAGCUUCACAGUCAGUCGGAUGUGCAGAUUCUGCAUGGCAAAGCGGGAAGAAAUUCAGCUCAAGGAAGUGCGGACAGGCACGUUUCAACCAAGAACUAAAGAAAGUCAUGACAGACAUGUACGUGACGUUUUGGAGGAUUCUGCCAUGUCUCAAGAAUAUGGUGUGAAAGGAAAUUGUCCUCUUACUGUAAGCUUGGAAAAUUUUCAUGUUGUUGAUGGGUACCCGCCAGACCUUUUGCAUGAUCUCCUUGAGGGUGUUGUUCCACUUGAAUUAGCCUUGUGUUUGAAGGGUUUUGUAUCAAAAGGAUAUUUCACACUUGAAGUCUUGAAUGCGGCAAUCAAACUAUUUCCAUAUGCAUUUUCAGACAGAACAAAUCAACCACAGCUCAUCACAAAGAACUUUUACUCCAAGCGAACAAUUGGAGGAAAUGGCCAUGAAAAUUGGACACUUCUCCGACUUUUGCCACUACUAGUUGGUCAUCGCAUUCCUGAGGGGGAUGAAACCUGGGAGGUUUUGAUGAACUUAAAAGAUGUAGUUGAGUUGUCAUUGUCUGCAAGCUUUACAGAGGAAACCAUGUACUUUCUUGACUGCAAGAUUGCAGAACAUAGACAUCUAUUUCAAAAAGUGUUCCCGAAUGAAACAAUAAGGCCAAAGCACCACUACAUUGAGCACUACCCUCAAUUAAUCCAAAAGUUUGGUCCAUUGUCUGCUGUGUGGACAAUGCGUUUUGAAGGAAAACACAAAUUUUUCAAAGAAGUUGUGUCACGGUCCUGGGUCGGUUCGACCCAGCAUUUUGUGUUUCUUAUGCUUUGGUUUAUUUUUGCAUUAUGGAUCAUUUCUUAUCCUCUGGUGAUGCUGUUUUGAUUGUAAUUGUGUUCUGUUCCUUUGCCGAUGAUGAUGAGUAUUUCUGGUUUGGGUUUUGUUAGCUUGCCCUCAUGUUUAGUUUAGGUGGCCUGUGUUUGGUCUUCUCUGUUUGUCCGUGAUGUUAUUGUGCUUGCUUAUGAGUCUGCGUCUGUGUCUCUGUCUGUCGUGUGCUUCCUGUUUUAUUCUGAAGGUCCCCGUCUCAUGUGAGUGUGUUCAGUUUACGUUUCCCCUGUCCCGUCAGCUCUGAUUUCUCCCAGGUGUGUUCCCCUCCUGUCUCUCAUCCCUUGAUUACUGCCAUGUGUAUAUAAGCCCUGUGUUUCCUUUGUUCUCUGUCGCGUCGUUAACGUCUCUUCAACCCUCAUGUUAACUGUGUGUUCUGUCUGCCAGCCUGCUUAGUUUAUUUUCUAUUUUCUCAGUUUAGGUUAGUUCUGUUCUGUUGCUAUCCAGCAAUAAAGCUGUGUGUUUUUGAGUCCACGUCUGCCCCCGAGUCCUGCAUUUUGGGUCCUUUCUCCAUGCCUGCCUGCACACAGCCAUGACAGGCUUCCUGUUAAAUCCAGAAUUGA